AUGGCCCAAAUGAUACCUCCCCCUCUACAUGGCAAAUAUUGUGGUGAAAAUGCAACUGCAGGAAUGGAAAUACGUUCUUCAUCAAACCAUUUGUUUAUCGUGAGCAACUCUGGUAGCUAUGGGUCACAUCCGAAAAGCGUGUUUGCCUUUCAAGCAUAUUACAAAGCUCAGCUUUUAGGCUGUACUCGCACAUACACUGCUCAAAGUGGCUCAAUAUCUUCACACGAUACAACCCAAAACGAAACUGAUCUAAACUUUCAAUAUUGUUCAUGGCUGAUUACUGUAGCAAAAACAUUUGUCAUCUCAUUGAAAUUCUUGAUAUUAAAUAUCCCACAGUGCGACCAUACAUUUCUCAUUAUUUACAAUGGUCCAAAUGAUACCUCUCCUUUACUUGGUAAAUAUUGUGGAGAAAACGCAACUGCAGGAAUGGAAAUACGUUCUUCAACAAACUAUUUGUUGAUUGUGGGUAACUCUGGUAGCAAUGAAUCUUAUUCAAGAAAUGUGUUUAGAUUUCAAGCACAGUAUUUUGCUCAUUAUUUGUUUAAAGAAAAUAAAUGGCCAACUGGCAACUUUGGUAUACCGAAGGCUAUAACAGGAUGUCCUGGUGAUGCAAAAAGUGGAUGGCGUGAGGGAUGGAGGUUCCAAGAUAUGGAAGAUGAGGAAGUACGUUCAAUCGCGUCACCUAAAAAUCACAUGGCUGUUACCUUUCCAAUUAGAAAUGAAAGAUUUGAUAUCAAUCGAACAUUUUGUAUGUUGAAUCAAAUGAACAAAGAAACAAGACCUUGGCCUAAAGGUUUGUAUUGUCUCUAUAAGUCGAGCAACACUUGUCCUGAUGGUCUUAGUUCUGGAUUUGUAAGAUUGGAUGAUGAAGAUAGAAACAAUAGAAAUGACCUGGGAGGACAGUUACCUUUUGGCACCUAUGAUAAAGACACUAUUAUUCAUUAUUGUUGUCAAACAAAUGGAAACUGGUAUAACUCCAUUAAUCUGCCUGUUAUCAAACCUUUUUAUUUGCUGACAUCUAAUUCAGUGUCGUCUCCCAAAUGUCAAAUGGUAAAAUGGGCAACAAGUCAAAUGGAGUAUAUUUUAUUUAACACGGAAGAUAGUAACAAUAAUGAUCGUUUUUCUGGAAAUUGUGUGUUCUUAGAUAAAUCAGACAGUUUAGGUCGCACCAAAUUAUACUAUUGUUACUACGUAGAUUGUCGUGAUUCAGUUAGUGGUCCCAAUGGUUCUAUAUCUUCCCACAACAUUGCACAAAACGACAUGGAUCCGCACUCUCAAUAUUGUUCAUGGCUUAUUACUGUAGCAGAAACAUUUGUCAUUUCCCUGAAAUUCUCGAUAUUAAAUAUGCCACAAUGCAACGAUACAUUUCUCUACAUUUACAAUGGCCCAAAUGAUACCUCUCCUUUACUUGGUAAAUAUUGUGGUGAAAAUGCAACUGCAGGAAUGGAAAUACGUUCUUCAUCAAACCAUUUAUUAAUUGUGGGUAAUUCUGGUAGCUAUGGGUCACAUCCAAAAAGUGUGUUUGCCUUUCGUGGACAAUACAGUGCUCAACGUUUGUUUGAAGACUGCCAUCGUGACGUCAUUGCCAGUUCUGGAACCAUAAAAUCGCCAGUUGAUAGUCCUGUUGGUUAUCCUCGUCGCUAUAAUUGUUCUUGGUUAAUAACUGUUGAUGUGGAUGACACAAUUGCUUUGAAUAUUACUACUUUAAAUAUUGGGAAUGACGUUCUCACUAUUUACGAUGGAAUGAACUCCAGUGCGCAUGUCCUGGGAAGAUUUUUUCGUCACAGCAAAAACGUCUAUAACAACAUUACAAUGCUGUCAUCGACCAACAAUAUUUAUAUUUUAUUACAAUAUGAAAAGUUUUCAAAUUUAAGUGAAUCAGGUUUUGUUCUGGAGUACAGGAGUCAACGAAUACCAACAGAACCAUUACCGUCACCAAAAUUUCCAUCUGAUGAGUCAACAGUUGCAGGUGAUCAAUGGCCUAACAGCAGUUUUGGCUUGCCAAGUACAUACUCUGGAUGUCCUGGUGGCUUAAAUAGUGGUUGGCGUGAGGGAUGGAGGUUGCAGGAUAUGGAGAAUGAUGAUAAAAAUCAUAACCUACGUUCAAAGGCAUCAUUGAAGAACCACUUUGGUGUUACGUUUAAACUAUCAAAAAUGGAUAUUGAACGAAAAUUUUGUAUGCUGGACCAAAUAAGCAACAAUUCGAAGUCUUGGCCACGGGGUGUAUAUUGUGUUUACAAGUCAAGUAAUGUUUGUCCAAAUGGUAUGAGUUCUGGUUCUGUGAAAUGGGACGAUGAAGAUGAUUGGCCAAGAAGAGUUAAUGAUCGAGGAGGACAGUUACCUGGUGGCACUUAUGAUAGAGAUACUACUAUUAAUUAUUGCUGUCGAACAAAUGGAAACUGGUAUGAUUCCAUUGAAUUGCCAGUUAUGAAACCUUUUUACUUGUUGACAUCCAACUCAUUGUUAUCUCCCAAAUGUCAAAUGGUAAAGUGGGCAAAAAGUCAAAUGGAGUAUAUUUUAUUUGAUACGGAGGAUGACAAUAAUAGGGAUAAUCUUUCUGGAAAUCAUGUUUUGUUGAUACUUCUGAUAGUUCUGGUCGCAAAAAGUUCUACUAUUGUUACUACAAAGACUGUCGGGUUUCUACCACUGGUCUCAGUGGUCGAAUUUCAUCGCAUCAGACAGCAAAAAAACGAUAUGGAUCCACACUCUCAAUAUUGUUCGUGGCUUAUUACUACAGCAAAAACAUUUGUCAUUUCCCUGAAAUUCUCAAUACUAAAUAUCCCACAGUGCAACGAUACAUUUCUCAAUAUUUACAAUGGCCCAAAUGAUACCUCCCCCUCUACAUGGCAAAUAUUGUGGUGA